CAAGAGACCAGACUGUCUGCCAGUGAGACUGAGGUGGAGAACCUGAAGAUGGAAACUACAGCACAACCCAAGGUGGCAUUCUCAGCAGGUCUGACUGACUCAGGAUUCAUGGAGUCUGGGAAUACUGACCUGAACUUGGUCUUCACUAAAAUCAUCACCAAUGUUGGACAGGCCUACAGCAGCACAACAGGCUUCUUCACAGCUCCAGUCAGGGGAGUCUACUACUUCAGAUUCAAUGUUGUGGAUAUCCUAUCUUCACGCCAUAUGUACAUCAAUAUGUUUAAGAAUGGAGAGCAGAUCAUGUUGUUAGGGGAGUCUGAUUCUGAUGGAUGGCCCACCUAUCUGUCCAGUGGUGCUACUCUGCAGCUGGAGGAGGGAGAUGUAGUUAACAUGCGACUCCCUGCAGGCAACAGGCUCUAUGAUAAUGUUAAUAAUCACAGCACCUUCAGUGGCUUCCUGCUGUUUCCUCUCUGAAUGGAACACACUGUUCAACAUGAUGCUGAUGCUACAUGAUGAUGAUGAGCACAUUGAAUGACCCCUGUGUGU